ACGUUAUAUACUUGCGCAUUUUUGUGGCAAUUACAUAACUACGACAAAAUUGAUCUCGCGCCUAGCUGAUCUGAGGAUUUAGAAAUUCUAAUCGGUCACUUUAUCCUGGAUCGUGGAAGAGGCUGGACCGGCGGACAUCGCCAAGAGCCUCGGUGUGGAAGUAUAGGUCAGUGACUCGUGACUUAACUGAGCAAGCCAGUUUUAUGCAGUUUUUUUGUUAAUACAUUUAUUUUUCUCGAACAGAAAUUAGCUACAACAGUGGCUCGAAUAGCAGAAUUAGGAAGUGUCAUCGUGCCUAGCGUUUUCAAACCUCAGGUAAUCUGUGCUUAUUCUGUCCCGUAGUGCCAUGCGUGCUAACUUUCCACGUGGGUGGAUAUAUACAUGUAUGAGUUGCUCAGUUGCGAAUUCCCGACACACUGUCUGCAGCUAGAGCCGUUCCAGACCCCACGGUGCAGCGAGAAGGUGCCAGCAAACCACGUGCUGAAGAGCGCGAAGCGCUGGCAGGGAGCAGCGACAACGACCAGAUUAAGCAGAAGGAAGUCCUGCUGGAGCAUCAGGAACAUUCACAGCAGCGGAAGAAACUCCGCUAAUCAGAGCGAUAGCGAUAUAGACCCGCUAAUCUCAGGAUACGCAGCAUCGAAGCUAAGAUCGGACAGCGAACUCAAAAAGAAUAUUGCAUUAGCUACUAGUAAACAGAGAAGCUUGGAUAUCAUCACAAGAUUCGUCUGACUAGACUCAUUUCUAAUCGCAACGCUCGCAUAGCAGCAAUUCGCUAAUGGCAGCUACGCCUCCAAAGCCUAACCAAAUGCAGGAACUGAAGCAAACGCUGGAGGCCCGCUGGACGGAACUGCACAACACGGAAGGCAUCUUCCGCUACCAGCUGACAGUUGAGCGCGAGCGAAUCACCGAGGGGCGAUUCGGUUUUCUCUUGCAGCUGAAUCGCAAACGAACGACGGCACGUCGAAAGCCGGAUUUUAUGGCGAACAUCGCGCCCGCGUUUGAUCCGGAUUUGUUCAAUUUCAACAAAAUUAAACCAGUAGAAAUUUUGUGCGAAACACGUGUCGGGGACGCGGAUGUGUCGUUUCUUAUUAACGACAGUCCACUGACACGGUACCACAUUCUGGUUGUUCCCGACAGGAGCAGGAAUCUGAAACAAGUGUUGACGGAAGACAGUGUGGUUGUGGCGGUCAGUUUGAUGUUUGGUUUCCAAGAUCGGAGGUAUCGGCUGGGAUUCAACAGUCCGGGCGCGUUAGCCUCCGUCAAUCAUCUUCAUCUGCAUCUGAUGUUUGUCGACCAUGAGUUGUAUGUGGAGGAUGCGCCACUCGUCCCUUUGAGUGUAGAGAAACUGUACCGCCUGGAUUGGGAUCACCCAGCGAAAGCAUUCGUUAUUGUUUCUCAGGAUUUCACAUCGCCCCAAACGUUCGCCAACCAGAUCUACAAACUUAUUGGCGUUUUUCUGGCGCACAACAUUGCCCACAAUCUUUUUCUGACCUGGAACCGUCCCGAGACGGUGCUGCGGGCGCUUGUCUAUCCUCGGCUCAGGCCGUGUGUGUACAAACAGGCCUCCCCAUUCAAUGUGGCUUUCUGCGAACUUAGCGGUUUCGUCCCGCUUGGCAACGAAUCGGACUUCGAGCAGCUGGAUGAGCGUCUUCUCGGGGAGCAUUUUCUGGAGGCCCAGGGCGAGGAUCUUUACGGUCAACUGGAGCAGAUGCUGAUGGAUGAAUUGUAGACGAUUACGAAGGAUGAAUAAAUUAUUGCUGCAUGAUAGAAUCGAUAAUCGUGUGUUUCAA